UGGAGAGCUGCUGCUUCCUGCGCCAGGUGAUGGUGUUCUACCUGAGAAGCGUCUUCGGUCACUACACGUCCAAACACCCCAUUGUCAGGAGACGAUGCAGCAGUCUGGCCAACAGCUUCUCCAGCAUUGAGAAACCACUGACUGAGUGUCACCGACGCAUGAUGUGUCAAUGUGGAGAAGAAACCCGGCUGAAAAUGAAAGAGCUUCAGAGCACUUAUGACAAGUUGGAUGCUCGUGCAGCUGCAGAGAAGGCAAUCGGUGAAAUCCAGAUUUUAUUAUCCUGGAUGGAAAAACCCCACAACUACUAACAAUGCAUCUCUUUGCACAGUGACACUCUAGAGCUUUUCAGAACGAUAAUAUAUUAAAAAAUAUAUAUAUUUAUAUUCCUAUGAUGUUUAACUGGUUAACUAUAUUUAUACUAAAUUAAGUAAAACAUUAAUUUAUUGUUAACUUAUAUUUAUAUAUGUAUGUAUUUAUUUAUUUAUUUAAUAUUUUAAAAUAGCAAAAUAAACAUGCUGUUGUAUCACGUAUUUGUAUGCUGUAAAGUAAGUACACAUUGUACACACGUCUUUAAAGCCAUAUAUGCAUUUUAUAUUUGGUAUUAUAUAUUUUACUGCUGUUUUAAGCAAACUUGGA